CAUCUUCAUUCCAGCAUCCGGUCAGGUUAGCGAUGAUCAGAGGACUCUCUCUGCUCUCACUCCUCGCUCGGUUCAACAUGGACUUGCACAAUUUUCUGCUUUUUCUUGCGGUCACCGCCUUCACAGUAAAAGUUUCUCUUCAAGGGGAAAACCAGCGCAGACUGUACAGUGACCUGAUGACUGGCUACAACCCGCUGGUGAGACCAGUCAGCAAUGACUCUCAGACUCUCACGGUUCACUUCGGCUUCAGCCUCAUGCAGAUCAUGGAUGUGGAUGAGAAGAACCAGGUUUUAACAACCAACAUUUGGCUACAACUGUACUGGAAUGAUUAUUACCUCCAGUGGAAUACAUCAGAGUAUCCAGGUGUGACCAAUGUGAGAUUUCCUGACCAUCUCAUUUGGAAGCCAGACAUUCUGCUGUAUAACAGUGCAGAUGAAAGAUUUGAUGCUACUUUCCACACCAAUAUUUUGGUCAACUCCUCGGGCACCUGUUCCUACUUACCUCCAGGGAUCUUCAAGAGCACCUGCUACAUUGAUGUGCGCUGGUUCCCCUUUGAUGUCCAGAGAUGUGACCUGAAGUUUGGCUCCUGGACAUACGGGGGCUGGUCUCUGGACUUAAAGAUGUUAGAGGCAGAUAUCACCGGCUACAUUGCCAACGGAGAGUGGGAUCUUGUCGAGGUUCCAGGACGGAAGAACGAGCGUUUCUACGAAUGCUGUGAGGAACCGUACCCUGACGUCACCUUCACCGUGGUGAUGCGGAGACGAACCCUCUACUACGGCCUCAAUCUGCUCGUCCCAUGCGUCCUGAUCUCCACUCUGGCCCUGCUCGUCUUCCUUCUGCCUGCUGACUCUGGGGAGAAGAUCUCACUGGGCAUUACAGUCCUGCUCUCCCUGACUGUCUUUAUGCUGCUAGUUGCAGAGAUUAUGCCUGCCACAUCAGACUCGGUGCCUUUAAUAGCUCAGUACUUUGCCACUACCAUGGUCAUUGUUGGUCUCUCAGUAAUUGCUACAGUUCUGGUCUUACAAUAUCACCACCAUGACCCUGAUGGAGGCAAGAUGCCGAAGUGGACCCGUGUGAUCCUUCUGAACUGGUGCGCCUGGUUUCUACGCAUGAAGCGUCCAGGUGAGGCGCGAGUGCGUUCAGCCUGUCACAACAAGGCUCCACGGACCAGCCUGACCAGCAUGGAACUCAAUGCUAGCGCCACAGCCUCCCAGUCCACCAACGGCAACAUGCUUUAUGUUGGCAUCCGUGGCCUGGAGAGCACUCACUACUCCACAGCUGCCACCUCGCCUGACUCCGGGGUCCUCUGUGGACAGCUGGUCGGACGAGCAGGUGAGGAUGAGAUGCUCCUCCCCACAGGUCACAUCUCAUCAGUGGGCAGAGUGGAACCAGAGCUGGCCAAGAUCCUGGACGAGGUGCACUAUAUUGCCAAACGCUUCCGUGACCAAGACGAGGACGAGUCAGUGUGCAACGAGUGGAAAUUUGCUGCGUCUGUUAUCGACAGGCUUUGUCUCAUGGCUUUCUCGCUCUUCACUAUCCUAUGCACCAUUGGGAUCCUCAUGUCAGCACCCAACUUUGUAGAGGCCAUUUCCAAAGACUUUUUCACUUGAGGAAUUCAUCAGGAAAUGAAUGCUUCAACAAAAAUAAAAGCCUAUGCCAAUCACUCUUAUCACAGAGUACACUGAUAGUACACUGCUAGUGUGGGACACCACUAGUUUUUAACAAUACUUAAAGCAAAAUCAAAUUGAGCACUUGUAAUUCAGGCAAAAUGUAUGUAAGGCUUAAGGCUUAAAAUGUUUUAAAAUGACUAAUACUACAAAGCAUUGUUUAAGUGGUGUAAUUUGCUAACCUACCUGUUAGAUGUGUCUUAUUGUUCAUUACAUUGUUUCUAUUAGAAGAUCCUCACUAAAAUCUAUUCCUUAUACAAAACACAACAGCUACAGUAUCUUGUAUUGAAAUGUAUUUGUUGUAUCACAUUAAUACUCAUAUAUCCAAAAUAGUUAUGUGAUGUUGUAAAUUGUCUUUCUAUGAAUACAAACUAUUGUUGAUUAUUGUAAUAAGCAUAACCAAACACCUCAAUUUAACAAUGUUCUUACUUGGUCUUACUUAUUGUUUCUUACGUAUUUUAUUGGAACAUUUUGUGAUACUUAAAGAAUUACUGUGAGGUCAAAAUAUUCUGCUUUUCAUGUCAAUUAAUUCAAAUGUAUGAUGUUUUUGUUCUUGUCCAGUCAACAGUUGUACUGUGAUGUUAAAUAAAUGUAUUUUUUCAAUUUGAAAAUGGGA